AUGAAGGAGGCAUAUUCGUGGCCCGUCCUUCCAUUUGAUAUUCUCGCCGAGAUACCUCCACAUCACAAGUUUGAAUUGGCUAAGAGAAUUCUUUGGAAAUAUGGGUCGUUGGCAGCUAUUGUCUCCUUUGUUGGCGUCCUUAUUUACCUGGUCGCAAGCCCAUCGAAAUCUGGUGCUGCGAAAGGAGGCAAGAACAGAUGCUGGAGCUAUCUGGUUGAUCACCAUGAUCACACCUGA